AGUUGCGAAGCACUGAGUUCACUCGUGAGAAUGCAAAUCUGUGUUAGAAAUCUACCACUCUUCACUAGGGCUUGAAAUCUCCUCUUCACUCUAUGGAUCUCUGGUUUAAAAUCUCAUCAUCACUUCAGCUCUAACUCCAGGAGCCAAUGGGGCGUUCUUCUCUGUUCACUUCGUCUCUGUAGAGGGUUUUGCCUCUGAAAUCCACACCUCAAGUAGACCCCCUCUUUCUCUACCGUGAAGGCAAAUUGAGAAAGGCAAAAGGCAUACCACCGCUGCUGUUGUUCUUGCCUAGGUCGCAAAAUCACUCCUUACCGCCGUUUUCCCUAAAUUCUUAGCAGAAAUUCUGGUAUUUAUGUUUAUUUUUGUCAAAUCUCGCUCUUGAAUCUCCCAAAUUGAACCCUAGUUUGUCCUAAAAUCCCAAAUUCAUAACUCUUUAUUUUCUCAAAUCUCGAUUACAGCAAUGAAGAACUAUGCAUGUUACUUGUUUAUAAUGCAUCAUUAGACAGAAUGAUCGAUAUCCAAAUUUGGGAGAUUUCUUUGACUUAGAAAUCACCGGACCACAACGCAACGCAUGCUUUCUUUCUCACAAGUCAGAAUUUCAACUUUGUUGCAGCAAUGCAGCUUCAAACAGCUGAAACAGAUACACGCCUUCAUCAUCACCACCUCCCUCAACCAAGAAGCCGGAAUAUCCUCCAAACUUCUCCGAAGGACCACCGAAUUUGGAGAGAUGGAGUACUCCGAGCUUCUAUUUUUCCAAAUGGAUGAGAUUUUCGAUACUGAAAUCUUACUUUGGAAUGCCAUGAUCAGAGGCUAUGCUUACAAUGGCCCGCACCAGAAAUGCAUCUACAUGUACAAUAAGAUGACUGAUAAAGGAAUUACACCCAAUAAUUUUACGUACCCAUAUGUCUUAAAAUCGUGUGCUCUCAUGGGUUUGGAUAGAGAAGGUAAGAAGGUACACUGUCAGAUUUUAAAGUGGGGAUAUUGUCGGGUUUAUUCUGUUGCCACUUGGCUUCUGAAUUUCUACAUGAAGAUAGAAGGUUAUUGCGAUUCUUCUGAGCCAGUUGACAAGGAAAAUGUCAGUUUAAGUGAUACGCAGAAGCUUUUUGAUGAUAUGCUUGUUAAACCCAUAGAAUUAUGGAAUAGAAUGAUAACUGCAUACGUGAAUCUUGGCAAUGUCGAGUGUGCAGGAAGAUUGUUCGAUAAAAUGCCUGAGAGGGACAUAGUUUCUUGGAAUUCAAUGCUUACUGGUUAUGCUAAAGUUGGGGAUGUAGAAAAUGCGAGAGAUUUGUUCAAGCGGAUGCCAGAGAAAAAUGCCGUUUCAUGGACUUGUAUGGUUGAAGCAUAUGCUAGCUCAGGAGACCUUGAUCAGGCAAAAAUAUUGUUUCGACAAAUGCCUAUAAGAAAUGUGAUUUCAUGGAACUCCAUGAUCUCAAAUUACAAUCGGCAUAGGAAAUUCAAGGAAGCAUUGGAUCUCUUUGUACAGAUGCAUUUGGAAGGUAUAGAUAUGGAUGGGUUUACCUUUGUCUCUGCCCUCUCUGCUUGCUCCCAAUUGGGUGCUCUGGAAUUUGGAAGAUGGAUACAUAAUAGUCUUAUAGAAGAUUGGUCUCAGGUGGGAGUUAUAGUAGCAACUGCUCUUAUAGAAAUGUAUGCCAAAUGUGGAGAUGUUGAUAGAGCAUUUAAAGUUUUUAUUAAAAUUGGAAAUAAGGAUGUCUUUUGUUGGAAUGUAAUGAUAAAAUCACUGGCCAUCCAUGGAAGAGUAGCAGAUGCUAUCAAAUUUUUCCUUAUGAUGAAGAGUAAGGGAGUGAAACCAAACGAUUUCACAUUUUCUAGUGUUUUGUUUGCUUGCAGUCAUGGAGGUUUGGUUGAAGAAGGUCACCAGAUAUUUUAUAGUAUGAAGAGAGAUUUUGCGAUAAAUCCGAAACUCAAACAUUAUGGAUGUUUGGUUGAUCUGCUUUGUCGAAAUGGUCUGCUUGAAGAAGCAGAGUUGCUGGUGAAGGACAUGCCACAUGACCCAGAUGUUGCUAUCUGGGGAGCUUUGCUUGGGGGUUGCAGAAUUAGCAGUAAUUCCAAGUUGGUAGAGAGGAUAAUGAACAGAGUUGACAAGUUGAAAACCAAUGAACCAGGAGUUUACGUGCUUCUCUCGAACAUCUAUGCCUCAAGUGGCAAAUGGCCAGAGGCUGUGCGGACGAGAGAGAAGAUGGAAGAGAAGAGCUUAUGGAAGAAAGCUGGGUGUAGUGCCCUGGAUGUCGUUAACAUGUGAUGCUUAAGUACCCUUUAUGUGUUGUUUUAUAAGGAAAAAAAACAAUUCUUCAAAA